AUGAGCUCCCGCAAUAUCCCCAAGCGCAAUGCUACCGGGGCAUUCGCGACCCCAAUCGAUCCGCCUCAGCUUCGCGCUCACCCUCGCGCCCAUCAGGAACAGGACGGCAACGAGAAUCUCAUUGACGAGACUGCCAAGAUGGCAAAGAAGCUCACUGAGAGCCCCUCCCAGACCCAAUGCGUCUUUGGCAAUGAAGACAUUGCCCCCGGCACCAGCAUUGCUGGCGUCUCUGGCCGCCUUGGCGAUCCCAAGCUUGCUUCGAUGCGGAAGAUGGUCCUUGACUCAGUUCCUGAGGGAAGUCAGGUCAAAAUCAUCUACAUCGUCACCAAGGAGGAUGGGAACAACGAUCUCCGAGCUGGAAUAGCCGACAAUGCCGCUGCUGCACGAGCUGGAUCUUCCGAGGUGGGCCGCUUUGUUCAGCGGAACAAUGCGGUUCAGGACCGCAUUCGCGCCCGGGUCCACCAGCACAGACUGGGUGAGAACCAUGACGAGGAGGAUGAAGAUGUGUCCCCGCGGCCUCGAAAGCGUCGCCGAGCCUCCUGCCGAGUCUCGCCUCUUCACAUGUCGCCUGGAGGCCUCAAGAUUAAGCAAGAGGACGAGGAUGAAGAAGAGGAACAGAUCAAGGAAGAGGCCGAUGAUGAGAUCCAGGAAGAAGUCGAUGAUGAGGUCAAGGAAGAGGUCGAUGACGAGGUCAAGGAAGAGGUCGACGACGAGUUCAAGGAAGAGAUCUAUAACGAGUUCAACGAAGAGGUCGAUGAUGAGGCUCUCUUCUAUCCAGCACCUAACGAAGUCACCAAUCGCAGCAUCUCCAGCUCGCACGACAUGCACAGAGCGACAUUCUCCCUGGAUAGUCCUCAUUUUGAUACUAGCUUUCUGUCCUCAGUUCGAACCGCCCAUCAGACCAACACCUCUGAUAGCAACAACAAUGGUGAUGAGGAGGACGACGAGGAACUAGUCCAAGUGAGAUACACUGGAGAUUACUUUGAAAACUUUUACAAUGCAUAUGCUGCCGCCUUCCCCUCUGAGGGUCUUCCUCCCUAUCGGAGAUGGGAUGAUCUCCCCCUUCCCCGACUGCGUUGA